AUGGACGGCGUUGAUUCAUCAGCGCAGACCAGGGCCGCUUCUCUUCAUGGCAAAGUGCUAAAAUUAGAUUUCAUGUUUGCGUUGAUGUUCAUGCAUUUGAUUAUGGAGAUUACCAAAAUACUUACCAUUCAAAUGCAGACGGAAAAACUUAACAUUUUAGAUGCUCUCAUGGCAAUCGAAGAAACUGUUGCUUCUUUAGAAACGAUAAGAAGAAACGAGUCAGAAAUGAAUAACCAAGUGAAAGCUAGUGUUGAAUUUGCAAAAUCAUUCGAUCAGGAUCCUGAAGAGGACUUUCGUUGCAAAAGAGUUAGAAGGAUGAGCAGACAACAGGAUGACAACCCAGAUAUCGCAGCUUCCACUGAGUUUUCGCAGCUUCCACUGAGUUUUAUGCGCACUACCGAAAGCUUAUGAUUGAAGUACUCGAUUCACUUAUUACGGAGUACAAAGAAAACGUCCAACAAUGCUUGGAAAAGAUUCAACCUCUUGCAGACAUUCUUCAACCUCCGAUUACAAGUGUGGUAUAAGCAUCUGAUACUGUUGAUCCUGCUUGUCUAGAAGCAGAAUUUGAAAUAUUUCCACAGGUCGUUGGAAGCAGCCAAGAUCCUUUCAAGUCUGUUCAUGAAGUCUGUAAUCUGGCAUAUGAACACAAGUCGAUCUUUCCUUCCAUUUUUAAAGUAUUUAAGCUUUUGUUUACUGCCCCAGUCUGUGUGGCAAAAGAUGAGAGGACAUUCAGUAAGAUGAAGAUCAUCAAGAAUUCCCUGCAAUCAACCAUGUCAGAAGAACGUCUCGAAGAUUUGAUUCUCUUAGCAGCUGAAAAGGAUUUGACAGACAAAGUCAAUCUAGACAAAGCUCUGAAAGUGUGGGCUAGCAAAAAGAAUCUGAAACUGAAGAUUAAAUUCUAA